AUGUCCAUGGACCUGCAGCUCAGUCUCACUCUCAGGCUUGUUGCUGCUGGUCGCUCAGGAUCCCUCAGACUGUUGGAAGGAGAAAGCCAGUGCAAUGGGCGAGUUGAGAUUUCCCUUGGAGAUGUAUGGGGCAGAGUCCUGGAUAAUCAGUGGGACAUGAACGAGGCCAGUGUAGUGUGCAGGGAGCUCCAGUGCGGAGAUGCUGAGAAAGCCUAUAGCAUCCUGAAGUCUGAGCAAGAGACAGGCCUCGUGGGGCUGAGAAGUGUUCAGUGUGUGGGACAUGAGCCUCAUCUGACGCUCUGCAACAUCUCCUUGUCUGGGACAGUGCAAGCAGGAAUUGCUGAGGAUGUUGGUGUCAUCUGCUCAGGAAGCAAGCAAAUCAGACUGGUGAAUGGGACAGAUCGCUGUGCUGGGAGAGUGGAGAUUUAUUACCAAGGCUUUUGGGGAACUGUCUGUGAUGAUUCUUGGGACCUAUCAGAUGCCAACGUGGUUUGUAAACAGCUGGAAUGUGGACACGCCAUCAAGGCAGCUGCCUCUGCUCGAUAUGGGAAAGGCUCAGGACAGAUCUGGCUGGAUGAUGUGAACUGCUCUGGGAGUGAAUCCGAGCUCUGGGAGUGCCCUUCCAGGGGCUGGGGUGAGCACAACUGCAGACACAAAGAGGAUGCAGGAGUGCUCUGUUCAGAGUCUAUGGAUCUGAGACUGGUGAAUGGCAGUGCCUGUGCUGGGCGUUUGGAGGUUUUCUAUAAUGGAACAUGGGGGAGCGUUUGUUCUAAUCAGAUGACUCCAGUCACUGCAAGAAUUGUAUGCAAACAGCUCAACUGCGGAGAUGACGGGGAAAUUGCACCAGACUUUGCAUAUGGACAGGGUUCUGGCCCCAUGUGGCUGGACCGCAUUGAGUGCCAUAAGCAUCACAGAUCCCUUUGGCAGUGCCUGUCAGAGCCAUGGGACCCAAAGUCAUGUGGUACCAAAGCAGAAGAGACUCAUAUUACUUGCACUGAUAAGGAAAAGCUCCGUGUUGUGGGAGGAGAGGACGGAUGCUCAGGGAGAGUGGAGGUUUGGCAUCACGGCUCCUGGGGAACAGUAUGUGAUGACUCCUGGGACAUGGCGGAUGCAGAUGUUGUGUGUAAACAGCUGGGCUGUGGACCUGCCGUGUCUGCUCUGACCGGGGCUGCAUUCGGGGAGGGGACUGGCCCCAUCUGGCUGGAGAAGUUGAACUGCCGAGGGACAGAGUCAUCUUUAUGGGGCUGUUGUGCUGAGCCCUGGGGUGAUAGUAAGUGCCUCCAUAAGGAAGAUGCUGCUGUGAUUUGCUCUGGUCUGCCCCACCGCCAAGUUCCAAUAGAUGAUGGAAAAGACAUGGUACCCAUUGUCAUCUGUAUUACCUUAGGGGCCCUUCUCUGCUUGGUCUUCAUCAUUCUGAGUGCCAGGGCGCUGCAAAGAGGCUCCAGAAGAUCAUCGGGUCCCUUCUCUGAGGCAUUGUAUGAGGAGAUUGAUUAUAACAUGAUGAGGGGAAACCUUGAAAUGUUUGGGCGCUCUGUCUCUUAUUCAGAGGAUCCACCGAUGAAGCGGCAGUAUUACUCCAGGGAGAGCAAGAAGGAAAGUGACUUUGGAUCAAUGCAAGGGGCCUCUGCCCUGCCUGGAGAGGAUUAUGAUACUGCAGAAGUUUAUGACCUUGGAAAUGAUCAUGUUUCUGGGCAAAGUGACUUGGAAGUCUGUGGAGUCAUAGAAGAAAGCGACAGGAACAGGAACUCACAGUCAGCAUCCAGAAAAUUCAUACAGCCCUUCUCUGAGGCUGUGUAUGAAGAGAUUGACUACAGCUCAAUGAAGGAGAAGGGGCAAUCAUUUGUUCAUUCAGAGGCCUCUGUACUGCCCAGAGAUGCCACCAGUGAUGGUUAUGAUGAUGCUGGAGAAAUUUCUGAUCCAGAACACAGUUCUGCCUUUCACCAGAAUGAUGAGGAAGUCAGUGAAGCCCUGGAGGAAAGUGAUGGGACACAGGAUUCACAGAUAGGUUCCAGUCUGUACUCCCGAAGAAGUGGAGCUGACAGAAAAGACCCAUCCCUGCCUCCUGGGGACAUAGAAUAUGAUGAUGUUGAAGAUGGUUUUGCUGGAACAUUGAUGUAA